UGCCCAUGAUGGCGGCGCUCACUGACAGCAGUCCCGACAUGGUGGACGCCGCGCAGGCGGGCCCGGAGCCGAGCCGUGUGGUGGAGGCGCUGGAGCUGCUGCUGGGGCCGCCUAGUGAUGGCGGCAGCGCUGCCGAGCCCGGCCCGGAGCCCGCCCUGAGCCCGGAGACGCUGCGCAGGAACGCGGCGGCGCUGGAGGAGCGGCUGUCAGGGGCAGCGGGCUGGGCCGCGCUGCGCGAGCUCCGGGCGGCCGUGCUGUCCCGGGCGCCCGCGCUGGCGGCCGGGGCGGCGGGCGCGGAGCCGGGCUGGGCGGCGGCCUGCGGGCUGCUGGCGCUGCUGCUGUGCCUCAAGGAGCGCCUGGCCGCGCUCGCCGCCGCUCCCGCCGCUCCCGCCGCCCCCGGGGCGCCGCCGCCGCCCGGCGCCGACACGCUGAGCGUGGGGCAGGAGCGGGCGGUGCGGCGGGCGCUGCGGGCCGCCGUGGGGCUGGGGCUGCUGCCGCACCUGCCGCCGGGGCUCGGGCCGGCCCCGGGGCUGGGGCCCCCGCCCGGCACCCGCGGGGCCCGGCUGUUCGCCGCCGUGGCCGCGCUGGUUGAGGUGGCCCGGCUGCCGGCCCUGGGCGCCCCGCUGCUCGCCCGGCACCUCCGUCUGCUGCUGUCCGCGCUCUGCGGGCUGGGACACGGGCCCGCCGCCCUCUGCCAGGGUGUUUCGGAAGCGGAGCGAGCGCAGUGCCGGGAAGCCCUGAGGGAUAUCCUGGACCGUGUUUAUCAGCCGCUGGCGGUGCAGGAGCUGCUCAUCCUGCAGGGACAGCCCAAGCAGAGGUCUGCGGGUGCCGGGGCGGCUCCGGCCUGGCUGCGGCGGCUCUGCGGGCACCUGCUCUCCGAGAGGCUGCUGAGGCCUGGCGGGGUGCAGGCCGUGGCUCGGGGUGUCUUGGAGGGCACAGACGGUGGUGCUGGUGCUGAAGCAGCAGCUCUGGACUGGAGGAAAUGUGAUGCAGUUGGGAAGAUCCUGGCUGCCUGCCCACAGCAGUGCCUGUCCCUCGAGGACUACUACAGACAGGUGUGCCCCCAGAUUCUGGACUUGCUGCACAUCCAGGACAAAGUAGCAGCACGGCAGUUCCAGCGUGUGGCCACCACCACACUGCUCACCAUGGCCAGGGAGCAGCCCCAGCUGGCAGAGCAGCACCUGCUCCAGCCCCUGCUGGCUCCGCUCCACCGCUGCUCCGAGGCCGCAGAGCUGUCACUGAAGGAUUUGACAGCAGGGGCUGUGCUGGUGCCAGAGGCAGAGCUGGGCAGCUGUGUGGAAGAUGUGCUCAAGGUGUAUGUGGUUGGGAAUGACAGCUCGAGCCUGCUGCUGGGAUCCUUGCAGUCAGUCCUGGGAGUGGUUUUCUCCCUCUAUUCCUUCGCCAAGCAGAAUGUGUCAUACUUACGCUCCCCGUGCCAGGACAUCCUGCUGUGGUUCCUGGAGAAGGCAGAACGGGAGCAGGCCCUGGCUGUGCUGGAAGGCCUGGCCAGGCUGAGCAGCCACGUGCCCACCCUUCACCCACAGUGCCAGCUCCGUGUGGGCAGCGAGGGCGGUGCUGCCGUCGUCGUGGGGGAAACCACCAGCGAUGAAGAUGAGGCCCUGUACCAGAAGAUCUCCUUGGAGCAGUGCCAAGUGGAGAGCUUGGUGGAGCUCCUGUCCCACUGCCAGAAGAGUGGUCUGGCCGGAGACUUCUUCAUCCGCUGCCUGAAGGAGCUGACUCAGGUGGCUGCGGAGGAUGAGGCAGCUCCAAACCCAGCUGUGGAGCCUGGAGGGAGUUUGCUGGAGCUGGAGCAGUCCCAGGCCAGGCAGGGGAGGAAGCUGCUGGUCCUGCAGCUCGUGGCCGCGCUGUGCGAGGGCGUCUCCGACACCGUGUUCACUGACAUUGUGCAGGUGCAGGAGUUCCUGGCGGCCGUGCUGCAGCGGGCCUGUGCCCACCCUGCGCGGGGCCCCGGCGCGGCCGCCGAGGCGCAGACGCUCGCCAUGGCCAUGGGGCUCGUGGCCGCCGUGCUCGGCGGGGCCGUGCAGCUCAAACCCAGGGAUUUCGUGGUGCUGAAGCAGCUGGUGCCACUGCUGGAGGAGCUGUCCCGCACCUACCCCGACCCCCUGACCCAGGAGCUGGCCUCGGACCUGCGCAUCGCCAUCGGCACGCACGGCGCCUGCUCCCCCGGCACGCUGGGCGCUGCUGCCGGCAGCCUGCUGGGCAGGAGGCCUGGCACGGCAGCACAGAGCCCUGCUGGCCCCCCUGGCAUGGCAGCACAGAGCCCUGCUGGCCCCCCUGGCACAGCCCCCAGCCCCUCAUCACCGCGGCACAGACACGGCAGCCCCUCAGCUCGCAGGGAGCGCAGCGAAGGGCAGAGCACGUGCUGUGCUCCCAGUGCUCCCAGUGCUCCCAGUGCCUCUCCAGCCCCAUGUGCCGACAGCCUGGCCCCAGCCGGGCUCCAGGAGCUGCUGCUGUCAGCCUACGACCCCCAGCCCCCCAGCCGGGCAGCUGCCCUGCGCCAGCUCGCCAGCCUGGUCACCCAGCGGCACCCAGAGGCACUUCGGCUUCAGGAGAAGCUGCUGCAGGUGUUUCUGGAGAAUGUGCAGCAUGAGGAUGCCUUUGUCUACCUCUCAGCCAUCCAAGGCAUCGCCCUGCUCUCCAGUGAGUAUCCAGAGCGGAUUCUGCCCGUCUUGCUGGCAAAGUAUGAGUGCCCAGCACAGGGCACAGAGGAUGCCAUGGCUGCUGUCACCAGGAUGAAGCUGGGAGAGGUGCUGAUGCGUGUCACCCGGGCACUGGGGGACAUGGUGUUCCAGCACCGGGAGCCGCUGAUCCGAGCCUUCCUGCGGGGAGCCCGGGAUCCCGACAGUGCCCUCAGGGCCAGCAGCCUCUCCAACCUGGGCGAGCUCUGCCAGCACCUCAGCUUCCAGCUGGGAUCCAUCAUCCAGGAGGUCACCUGCUGUGUGACGGCCAUAGCUCGGACAGACCCCGAGGCUGAAGUGCGAAGAGCUGCUGUGCACGUGGUGGUGGUGCUGCUACGGGGGCUGAGUGAGAAGGUCACUGAGGUGCUGCAGGACGUGCUGCGGGACCUGUACCGCCUGCUGAAGCUCGUGGUGACGGCCGAGCGCGACGCCGCGACCGUGCUGCACGCGCAGCUGGCGCUGGAGGAGCUGGACACGGCCGUGAGGAGGGCCCUGUUCCCCCCGCAGACGCUGCAGAAGAAGAUCGUGGUGCUGCCAUAGUGAGGCUGAGCCCGUGGAAAUGGACUGUUCCUGCUCCCCGAGGGAAGGGCUGGCUGUGCCCUCCAGGAUGCUGCUGGCAGUGUCAGACUGGGGGCACCUCGCUGGGACGAGGUGUGGGAUUAAACAGAGACUGCUCA